AACUGUAGUCCAACCGCUUACUUGACAGUAAAGCUAAUCUGCAGCAGCGAUGUCAGUGUUGAUUUGCUUUAUAGCUGUGGUAGUUUUGUGUUACGUGAUUGUGUACUAUGUUGUGUUCAGAGGAAUGGGAUUCUCAAGUUCAGUGAAGCUGCAAGGGAAGACGGUUAUUGUUACAGAGCUGCAGCGAGAAGGGCAUGCUGGAGAAGUGAUACCGGAAGUAACAAUGGCAUUGGCAAGGCCACAGCUCUGGAUCUGGCCAAGAGAGGAGCAAGGGUAAUCCUAGCCUGCCGCAACAUGGAAAAGGCUGAGGCUGCAGCUUUUGACAUUCGUGGUGAGAGUGGAAAUAAUCAGGUUGUGUUCAUGCACUUGGAUCUGGCAAGCCUGAAGUCGGUGAAAACAUUUGCUGAAACCUUCUUAAAGAGUGAACCUAGACUAGACAUCCUUGUUAACAAUGCAGGUGUGCUGAGCCCAGGACGUACUGACGAUGACUUCGGCAUGGCGUUUGGGGUGAACCACUUGGGUCACUUCCUGCUCACAAAUCUGCUUCUUGAGAGAAUGCAGAGAAGCGGUCCUAGCCGAGUGGUCACCGUGGCUUCACAUUUACAUUGCAUUGGAAACAUCAAGUUCUCUCUUCUGACUUCAAAAAAAGAUUCAGUGACUGGUGAUUAUAUCUGGCACAAUUUUCAAGCUUAUUGUAAUAGUAAACUUUGUAACAUGCUCUUCAUCAGGGAGCUGGCUAACAGGCUGGAAGGAACUUGUGUGACAUGCUACAGUCUGCACCCAGGAGUCGUCUACACAGAAAUGGGUCGAAAUAUAAACUGGUGGCUGCAGCUCUUUCUUAUCCCCUUUGCCAAGCUCUUUUUCAUGGACCCUGAGAGGGGGUCCCAGACCACCUUGUAUUGCAGCCUGCAGGAGGGCAUCGAGCCACUCAGUGGACGUUACUUUUCUAACUGUGCACUUCAAGAAGUGGGAUCCAGGGCACGAGAUGAUACCUUGGCAAAAAAACUGUGGGAGUUGAGUGAGAAGUUCAGUAGCUCAUGAUAACAGACUGAACCCUAAGCCAGAACCUCCCAAGCCAGUUUAAACUCUGUUUGCUUAAAAAAAUCUUGCUUGUUUCUGUUUUUUAUUGGAUGCUUUCUAAUGCUCAUAUACAUGCUGUAGUACCUUUUAAUAAAAAAUGAUACAUAAAACCCUGCAGCACAUGAUA